AUGUCAGGCCAGGUAAAGCUUUACAAAACUUUAUCAUUUUCGUGUCGGUUACCUGAUGAUUUCGGUGAUUUUAAUUGGAAGAAGGUCACUAAUAUGGGUGUCAGUCUAUCACGAAAGCUUAAAGCUGCUGUUCCUGAAUGCGACCAGCAUGUAUGCGAUUUCAAAGACUUCAACAAUGCACUUGAACACGAGAGACCCGAACAGGCAAACAUAUCACUAACACAAGCAGCUGUACAAUUCAGUCUCUCUCAGCAAGAAGCUGACAACCUCGAGCAUGGUAUGGAUGACUCGCUGCAUGAGGAAGUCUCACACAGCGUGUUAAUCUCAUCAGGAAUGGAGAUCGAGGACCAGCAGUGUCAGCUUGCAAGAGAUAUUGAGCUUCUGGGAGGGCAUCCAACUGACUUACAGCGCACGAAGCUUCAAGAACGGGGCAACAUUUUACAAUGCAAAAUAGAACAAUGGAGCAAGGUCCAACUUUUGUACAUGCCGGUCGUUGCUUGCCUUUGCGCAUUGGAUAUGCCAACAAGCAGGACCCAUUUGACUGAAGAGAAGGCUCACGAGAUCGAACUGUGGCUUCCCUCCAAGAUCUAUGGAGAUGCAACAGACCCAGUGCAUCAAUGUGAUGCCACACUGAGUCAGUAUGAGUGGGAGCUUCGCAGGGCCCAGGCAUAUGAUGCGCUGGAUGACCUCCGAUGUCACCUGCGCCUAUGCACACAUCUUUACAAGUUCAAAGAUACCCAUAUUUGUGGCCAGCGAGCUAACACACGCGCGUCAGCCAUCAUUGACAAGGUCAAGUCGAAUGUGUCCGUUGCUGCUGCAAGGUAUCACAGAGCAUGGUCUGCACUCAAACGUCUCUCCCCUGCUCUGUCUCGCACUACAUGGAAGGAGGAGUUCCCGAAAUUGGAGAAUGACAACAUCCGCGAGAUGUCUCAAGGCAAGCCAGGCCAAUCGUCUGGCAACCGUACAUUGUCCUGGAUAUGGAAGGCAUGCAGCAUAGCUAGUGACGCUCCUGAAGGGGAGACGGUGCUCAACGAAUCAUUAAGAAUUGAAUGGUGCAAGUCUCGCGCACGAGCCAUGUGUUGGGUCGAGGAGGUGCAACUUCUUCAAGAGGAGAUGAGGCGUGUCGUGGCAUAUCUCUUGUGGCAUGCUACAUGGUGGGAUGCACAAGCAGAUCAUCGCACAGGGCUCGCGCUUGCAGAGGUUGAAGGUAUCAGAGGAUAUGCAAAGUGUCAGGCAGCCGUGUGGCAGGAUCUCCAUGAUACAUUCCUUUCAAAGUGGGGUGCUGUGAAUGGCACUUUUUAA